AUGCCCCUCACUGGCGGCCUGGCGCCCCAUUUGGGCGAACCGGCAGCCACCAUUGUCAGCUUGCAAACAAACGCCUUUGAAAACGACAAUGGCCACGGAGGCGCCUCAAGGGGCAUUGAACCGGAUCUGGGGCUGGUAGAGCACACAGGUGGAGACAUCGAUUUCCCUGUGCCUCCACACCCGCUAGGCAUCAAACCCCUGGGCAACAAGUACCUGGACAGCGGCAUCGACGCCAAAACUGCAGCAGGUGUCUUUCAGGCAUGGCCCGACGAGCUGCUGAUGCACAUGCUUGAGGGCCUAGACAUGAGCUCGCUACGUGCGCUGGGCUCGACAUGCCGCUUCCUGUAUGCCUUUUGCACAUUUGACGAGCUGUGGAAAAGCCUCGCCUUGGACUACACCAACCCGUCCCAGUUUGCCCGCGGCAUCCCGCGGGCGAACCAGAUCCGCCGCUUCCACGACCUCGCCUACGACGACUUUGCCGCCGCGUGGAGCGACACGCCGUUUGUGCUGGCGGCCGACCGCUGCGUGCAAUCGUGGCCGGUCCUGCGGAGCUGGUCGCUCGAUGGACUGCGGAGCGACUACGCCACAACCGCGUUCCGGGCCGAGUCGGUCGACUGGCCGUACGCGCUGUACGACCAGUACAUGCGGCGGACCGCCGACGAGAGCCCGCUCUACCUCUUUGACAAGAAGUUUGCCGAGAAGAUGGACCUGACGGUCGACGCCGCCGCCACCGGCGCCGCCGCCACCACCGCCACGGAUAAGAGCGCGUCUGCCUACUGGAAGCCCGCCUGCUUUGGCCGCGACCUGUUCGAGGUCCUCGGCCCCCAGCGGCCCGCCCACCGCUGGCUCAUUGUGGGCCCCGCGCGCAGCGGCUCCACGUUCCACAAGGACCCCAACGGCACCAGCGCCUGGAACGCCGUCGUGCGCGGCGCCAAGUACUGGAUCCUCUUUCCGCCCGGCGCGGCGGUGCCCGGCGUCUACGUGUCGGCCGACAAGAGCGAGGUCACGAGCCCGCUCAGCAUUGCCGAGUGGCUGCUGACGUUCCACGCCGAGGCACGGGCGACGCCGGGCUGCAUCGAGGGUGUCUGCCGCGAGGGCGAGAUCCUGCACGUGCCGAGCGGCUGGUGGCACCUCGUGGUCAACCUCGAGGCGGGCAUUGCGCUGACGCAGAAUUUUGUGCCGCGGGCCCACCUCGCCGAAGUGCUGCUGUUUCUUCGGGACCGGCCCGAGCAGGUCACUGGAUUUGCCCGGGGCCAGGGCGGCCACGGUGCAGCGGGGAGCGGUUGUGAGGAUGGCGUGGACGACCCCUACGGAUUGUUUGUGGAGCGGCUGGCAGAGCAGUGCCCGGACCUGCUCGCAGACGCACAGGCUGAGAUGGCACGGCGAGACGCCCGGAAGAAGCGGACAUGGGAGUCGGUUGUGCGCGGCGACGACGAUACCAAGAAGCAGGCGGAUGGAGAUGCCGACGACGAGAAGCGGCAAAAGACAGGAGAGAGCGGCAGCGGAGGCGGUGGAUUUACGUUUGGAUUUGGCGGAGCCGACGACGACCUAGAGGAGGAGAUUCCCUGA